AUGCUCGACCUAUUCAGGGAGACGAAAGAGUUCUACAAACUGCAGGAGCUGGAGAAGCUUGCUCCGAAGACGAAGGGCAUAACGUCGAUGAGCGUCAAGGAGGUCCUCCAGAGCCUUGUCGACGACUCGCGCAAACAGCUCUCUACUCUCGAGCAGAGCAUCAAGACGCUUAAAAGGCAGCAUCAGGACCUCGGGCAGGACGUCGUCAAGGAAGAAGCCGACCGCGAAGAGACGGCGAAGCUCCAGUCUCAGCACCUCGAGCUCGAGAAGCAGCUCGACAGCUUCACUACGCCGGACGAGGUCAAGCUCGCCGAGACGAAGCAGGAGCUCAUCGAACGCCUCAAAACGUCUGCGCUCCGUUCGACCGGUAAGAUCAUCUCGCUCGUCCUCCUCCUCGCGCCCGCCGGCUCAUCCCCUCGCUUCGCAGACAACAUCUCGGCCUUCCUCUCGUACCAGACCAACAACGGCGGCUCGGAGGCCGCAGCCGCGUUCAGGCAGGAGCACAAUCUCCCCGAAGACUUUGACGACCUCGCUUUCUGA